AUGGAUAUGGAAAGUUGUGCACGCUGCAUAUUUGCUUGUGGUUUGGUGUACAAUGGCGCAGAUCUCGGCUGGAUGACCCCAUUUAGCUUGGACCAGGAGGGGCCUCUACAAGUCUACGACGCAUACUCCCUAGAGUCAUCGGCGCACGCUCUGAGGAAACUCGGAUACAACCGGUGUCGCGGGACUAGCGGUCGAAUCAAGGGAGAGGUCGGAGAUCUUUGUGACGCGUUGUUGGCGGACUGCGAGGUCGGGCAACUGGUGCUUUCUUUAGUGCACAUUAAGGUUGUGACAUGGACCACCAUUGAGGCGUGGCUUGGCCUCCCUGCCCCUUUGAUCAGUGGAGGGAAGGGAGGUCUUUCAGGCACCAUGAACGGUGACGGAGAGUGCGCUCAGUCCGCCUCACAAGGCCCUGCAUGGUCUAGUAGUUCUUGUCGUUUGUCAGGAGUCAGGGAGUGGAGGCGUGUGCUCGGCGGCGGGUGGUGCGGGCAACGACCAUCGACCAAAACUCGCCAACUCCACGAGCGGUUGGGAAGGAGUCAACUUCUCACCUUAGUUGAGGGCGGGGAAGGUAAAGUCCAAGAGCAACUGGAAGACAAAAGGGGCAACAUUAAAGCUCAGGAAAUCCAAUCACCUUUCGGUCGCUUAAUGAGGAUGGAUUCCUUUGGCACCAGGAGUGCGCAUCAUGGAUCCUCCCCACCUACUUCGUCUAAUUCUACUGUGUAG